UUAAAUUCGAAUCGAGGCCCACAAAGUGGGUGGGAAAUGGUUAUGCUGAAUGGCAAACACACCACAAUGCCUGGCUAAAACGUCAAUCACACUGGCAAUCAAAGUGGCAACAGAGAGGGGCAGAAAAAUUGCAACAAAUCCGGAAGCUAUUCGCAUGUCAGCUGGAAAUUAUAAUUGAUGCGAUACUAAUACGAUACCCAUUUUACAGCCGCAACACAUUCGCAACUGAUGACGAUUGAUGCGAUGCAGUCGCGGAAGAAGGCUUGGGAACUACACGAUGAUGGAAAUGAUGGGAAUGAUGGGGAUCCCGGGAACUGGGGAACUGGGAAGGGGGAACUGGAACUGCCACCCAUAAGAAUCGGACUGAUGGCCAGCAAACAUUGGCUACAAAUGGGAAAUGGUUGGGAACGCAAUUGUCAUCCGAGAGUAGGGUCCUUCGCAUGGCCAUGGCUUUUUGCCGCCUGCUCCUGCUCCUGCUCCUGCUCCUGGUGCUGCUGGUUCCUGGGUCCACUCUGCGGGUCCUGUUGCAACUGCUGCUGAUGGCCCUGAUAGUCGUCUGUCCGGCUGCUGACUUUUUCCAUGCGAUUCCUUUCCGUUGGACAGUCUGAAAUAGACAGAAACAAUCACAAACAGCCAGUUGAGCAAUUACACUAAAGCAAAACCAAAACACAUAGUGAACAAGAGGGUCUUGCACAAACUGAAU